AUGGAGGGAAGGGAAUCGAAUCGACUCGAAUCGGUUCGAAUCGACUCGAAUCGGUUCGAAUCGGUUCGAAUCGACUCGAAUCGGUUCGAAUCGACUCGAAUCGGAUCGAAUCAAGCGGGUAGCUAACAAGAGUCAAGCGGGUAGCUAACAAAAAUUUUUUUUAAAAAGUUACAGAUUUGGACAAAUCCAAAAAUGUAAAAAAGCUUAGUAAGCCACCCAGAAGCAACUUUAAAGCUAAAAAAAUUGAAAGAAAAUUUUUAACACUGUUAAAAAAGGCUUAGGCUUAGUAACCACCCAGAAGUAACUGUGAAGGCGAAAACCCCAAUUUUUCAUUCCAGAUUUUUAUUAAAAAUUUAAAAAAAAUGGAGGGAAGGGAAUCGAAUCGACUCGAAUCGGUUCGAAUCGACUCGAAUCGGUUCGAAUCGGUUCGAAUCGACUCGAAUCGGUUCGAAUCGACUCGAAUCGGUUCGAAUCGACUCGAAUCGGUUCGAAUCGGUUCGAAUCGACUCGAAUCGGUUCGAAUCGACUCGAAUCGGAUCGAAUCAAGCGGGUAGCUAACAAGAGUCAAGCGGGUAGCUAA